CAGAUUUUGGAACACAAUGUGCCAUCCAGACUAACCGAGAAUCGAACGAUAAAAGCUGUUUUGUGGAUUAAAAUGGCCUCCGCAAAUCAGGCCAUGUUUGCGACAGGAGCCAUGCUGCGUAGACGAUUUGGUUUGGCAAAAAUAUCAGCUCAUGUAAACGCAUUUACUGCCAGAUCCGGCUUUGCAGGGGCGAGCGACAGGCGAUCGUAUAAUACUAAUGGGUUUGUACCUACAAAUUUCUAGAAUUACGAAAUUAAACACUCGUCCUGGCAUGCAUGGAUAAAGCUGGGAAUUGAAGUGUACAAAUGUGAAAAAGGCGUUGUACCAUGAUGUAUUGUUGCCAUGUGUAAUUAUUCUAAUUAAUAAACAGGGGGAAGGGUUAUAGUUUAGAAUUUUGCCUAUUAAAUAUCAGGAGCAAGUCAAUACCUCCCCCCCCCCCCUGCAAAGUUAAAACCAGUACAGCAAGGUACCACAUGGCUCCCAACUUUGCAUGUUUUAAAACGCAUGGUACCUUCAUAAAAUUUUGAUCUUUAACUUACAAAACAUGUCCCAUUGCUUGUGGGACUUAAGCAUUUUCUGUGCAUGUGCAUGGAACUUUUGACUAACUCAUGGACAUUUAUUGUGGCUAAUGUUAAUCAACUUGGUGUCAUAAUCUCUUAAUAAAAAUCUAACAUUUGCCUUAACCCCCUCAACGAAUGCCUGUGAGUUAGUAAAAGCAGUUGAGAUUUAUGAUAGUUUUGUCCCACAACCAUAGUGUAGGAAACCCUAAAUAAAUUGCAGUGAUUAUCCUGGUAAAAUUUGUGUUAAAUUAAACAUUUACCGUUAUGUGAUACUAUGUUCUAUAAACCAAUUAUUGCUUUAUCACUUUGCAUUGCAAGGCAUGUUAUUUUUUUACUGUGUGUAUACUAGUUUACAUGACAUUUGCUCGAAAUGCCAAAGUGUUUCAAACCAGCUUAUGAAUAUUACAGAAUACUGCCCACAAUAGACCUUAAGUCUGAGAUAUCUUUUUCAGAUAGUUCAUGCAGACAAAAACCAUGGCAACUUAUUGAAUACUACUAAUGCAAAACUUAUAUGCAAAAGAAGAAAAAGCAUAUUUUGUUUUAAACCAAUUUGCAAUGAUAACAAGUAGAAUAGUCUUUGACGUAUAUAUUUUACACGAAUUAAGACAGAAAAUGCAUUACAUACUGCAUAUUUUCUUGCAAUUAAGAACUCCGAAACUCAACAAGAGGUUAAAAGAGACGUCAGGAUGUGUUGUUAUCGGAGGUGGUAUUAUGGGAACCAGCAUUGCAUAUCAUCUGGCCAAAGCCGGGAUGAAGGAUGUUGUAUUACUGGAAAAAACAGAACUAACUGCUGGCUCGACUUGGCAUGCUGUAAGUUUAGUACUUAGGCGAUGGUGGGUAUAUGGGUUAAGGCCCAGCUGGCAGUUCCGAGCAACCCCAGUAAAAAGGUUAGACUUGGUUCAAGUCCGUCUUAGGAGAAAGUAUAGGGUGCGACUUUGGACAUUACUUGCAAAAAUUGGCAAGAAAACGUGUUGUUGUAACUGUCAAGCCACACCUCCUUUUUUACAUUGUUUCGUAUUUUAGUGCCGUUUUUCACCGCUCAUGUGAAUUGCUUUCAACCCCUUGAGAAUUGGAUUUGAACCAUCAGUCUAUAAAGAGGUUUGCAUUCAGAAAUGCCCAGCCAAUAUAAUUCAUUGCGCUUCUGACAUAAGGGACCAUCAGAGUUUGUGUCAUAACUCAUAAGUUGCUAUUUUAUCGCCUAUAUGUUGCCAUGUCAACAUGAUCAUUGAGAAAACAUCCACAGCUCCCCAUGGAAAUUUUCAUAUGUAUGUGGGGUGCGCAACUUUGAUGAAACAAUCCAACGUCAGAUUCCAUUAAUGAAUUUCCCAGUAACAGUGCCCAAAUAAUUAUAUAUUCUUGACAGGCUGGUCUCACAACAACAUUUAAUGCUGGCAUCAACAUGAAGAAAGUUCAUUACUACAGCGUGGAGCUGUUCAAAACACUUGAGGAAGAAACUGGACAGGUUGAAUUCAAAUCAUUUUAAGAAGUCUAUUUUCCAUCACCCAUAAUCGUGUCUGCUUACAACCAUAGACUAAACACACCUUUUUCUGCAGGAAACAUGGACCAUUUGACAUUACACAUUUUUUUGUAUCAAACCCUCUCUUCCAAUCCUUUUACAAUUGCAUGUCAUGCUGUUGAUGUUCAUGUAAAAUUAGUUAAAUUUCAAAUGUAAUUUAAAUGCAUUAAUAGAUAGGUAAUCAUCUGGUACCCACAUUUACUUAAGUAUUUCAAUGUAUUUACACUUGACAUUAUCUGUCAAACAGAUGUUGUUUAUUAAACCCAUUGAGUGUUAGGACUUUCCCCUUGACAAGUAAAAUUGUCUGGCGUUGGACAGAGUAAAAUAAUCUGACAAUGGACACAGUAAAAUACUAAAUAAUAGGGCGUAUCAGGGUGCAUUGCUGCUAAAGGGUUAAGGCCAAACAUGUUGCGAAAUUGAAUAAUCGUUCUAUUUGAACCACACAGGAAAUCGGCUGGCAUGGCCCAGGCACACUGAGGUUGGCCUGUAUUCCAGAACGUGUCGAUGAACUAAAAUACCAAACGGCACGUCAAGGUUGUCGAGAAGCUGAGCAGUAUCUCAUUGGUCCAGAGAAAAUUGCAGAACUACAUCCACUCUUGAAUAUGGAUAAAGUUCUCGCUGCGUUGUACAAUCCAGGUAGAUGAAAGGCAAUACGGUCGCGUUUCAAACACAUUUGCAGAGAGAAUAAUACAGGACUGAUAGAGAUAUUUAGUAAAAAUAAAGUUAGUUCCCGCCUGUAGUAGUUAAUUGGAUCAAUAAGGUAUAUAGCAGUUACUGGACAUUCAAGGAGAACAGUUUAGAUGUCUGGAGCAAUGACCAUGCAUUACUUGACCUCUAGGAAGAACAGUGUGGAACUGAUAGAGCUAUCCAGUAUAUAUAAAUAAAGUUAGUUUAGUUUAGGUUUCCUUCUGUAGUAACACUGGAUCAAUAAGAGAUGAGCCUUACUGUACCUCUAGGAAGAACAGUGUGGAAUUGAUAGAGCUAUCCAGUAUAAAUAAAGUUAGUUUAGUUUAGGUUUCCUUCUGUAGUAACACUGGAUCAAUAAGAGAUGAUCCUUACUGGACCUCUAGGAAGAACAGUGUGGAACUGAUAGAGCUAUCCAGUAUAUAUAAAUAAAGUUAGUUUAGUUUAGGUUUCCUUCUGUAGUAACACUGAAUCAAUAAGAGAUGAUCCUUACUGGAUCUUUAAAUAGGAAAAACAGUGUGGUCCAACUGAUAGAGCUAUCCAGUAUAUAUAUAAAUAAAGUUAGUUUAGUUUAGGUUUCCUUCUGUAGUAACACUGGAUCAAUAAGAAAUGGAUGAUCCUUAUUGGACCUCUAAGGAGAACAGUUAAGAAAUGGUAGAGCUAUCCAUUAUUACAUUCUGUGACACAUGUAGCAUGUUAUAUAUUUAAGGUGAUGGUCAUGUAGAUCCGUACUCGCUCUCUCAUGCCUUUGCUAUUGGUGCACGACAAUACGGUGCAGAGUUCUAUAUGCCAGCUCCAGUCAGAGGUCUUAAUCAGCGAGAGAAUGGAGAAUGGGAUGUGGAAACUGAUCAUGGGACUAUUCACGCUAAACACAUUGUGAAUGCUGCAGGUAUUGACAGACUUUAUAGUCACAUAUAGACUAGUCAACGACUACAGUCAUUCUACUCUGACUGACAGAUUCUAUCAGACGUUUCACAACAUUCUUAUCAGACUUGUCACAUAGUCAAUGACUACAGUCACUCUACUCUGACUGACAGAUUCUAUCAGACAUGUGACAACAUUCUUAUCAGACUUGUUACAUAGUCAAUGACUACAGUCACUCUACUCUGACAGAUUCUAUCAGACGUUUCACAACAUUCUUAUCAGACUUGUCACAUAGUCAAUGACUACAGUCAUUCUAUACUCUGCCAUAUUCUAUUAGACUUGUCACAUAGUCAAUGACUACAGUCACUCGAUCUAUAUACUCUGCCACAUUCUAUCAGACAUAGUCACGUAGUCAGUGACUACAGUCAUUCUACUUUGCCACAUUCUAUCAGACAUUUCACAUUGUCAAUGACUACAGUCAUUCUACUCUGCCAUAUUCUAUCAGACUUCUCACAUUGUCAAUGACUACAGUCAUUCUACUUUGCCAUAUUCUAUCAGACUUGUCACAUUGUCAGUGACUACAGUCACUCUACUUUGCCACAUUCUAUCAGACAUAGUCACAUAGUCAAUGACUACAGUCAUUCUAUACUCUGCCAUAUUCUAUCAGACUUGUCACAUUGUCAAUGACUACAGUCACUCUACUUUGCCACAUUCUAUCAGACAUAGUCACAUAGUCAAUGACUACAGUCAUUCUAUACUCUGCCAUAUUCUAUCAGACUUGUCACAUUGUCAAUGACUACAGUCAUUCUAUACUCUGCCAUAUUCUAUCAGACUUGUCACAUUGUCAAUGACUACAGUCACUCUACUUUGCCACAUUCUAUCAGACAUAGUCACAUAGUCAAUGACUACAGUCACUCUACUCUGCCACAUUCAAUCAGACAUAGUCACAUUGUCAAUGACUACAGUCACUCUACUUUGCCACAUUCUAUCACACGUUUCACAUUGUCAAUGACUACAGUCAUUCUACUUUGCCAUAUUCUAUCAGACUUGUCACAUUGUCAAUGACUACAGUCACUCUACUCUGCCACAUUCAAUCAGACUUGUCACAUUGUCAGUGACUACAGUCAUUCUACUUUGCCACAUUCUAUCAGACAUAGUCACAUAGUCAAUGACUACAGUCAUUCUAUACUCUGCCAUAUUCUAUCAGACUUGUCACAUUGUCAAUGACUACAGUCACUCUACUCUGCCACAUUCAAUCAGACUUAGUCACAUAGUCAAUGACUACAGUCAUUCUACUUUGCCACAUUCUAUUAGACAUUUCACAUUUUCAAUGACUACAGUCACUCUAUACUCUGUCACAUUCUAUCAGACUUGUCACAUGGUCCAUAACUAUAGUCAUUCUUCCAAUCCCGGCUAGGCGGGACGGGACAGUUGCCGAGUUCCUAGAUCCUGCCUAAGCUCCCAUACAAGCAUCUCACUCAGUUAUAACUGCAGGUUGAUCACCAUCUCUGUACGAUAGUGCUUAGUGAAACCUACUUUCAUGUAGGUUUUUGGUCACGUGAGAUAGGCAAGAUGGUAGGAGUGGAACAUCCACUGUGCCCAAUUCACCAUCAAUAUAUGGUCAGUACCACCAUACCCGAGGUCGAGGCUCUGAAGACAGAAAUACCAGUCAUACGGGAUCUCGAAGGUGGUUAUUAUGCCAGGCAGGAAAGACAGGGCAUCCUGAUUGGACCGUAUGAAUCAGUUGAGAAGAUGAGGUUACAAGAUGAUUGGUAAGUGGAAUACAACGGAAUAUUUAACCAUUAAGUUGCGUUGCGAACUAAAGACGGAUUUACACAACUUUGCGUAAAACUGUCGCAACCUGCUUACAAGUUGAGUUGUACUGUGUAAAUCAAGCACACUACUUAUCCACAACAACGUAGGUGAGUUGUGUGUUUGAUUUACACAGUACAACUCAAGUUGUAAGCAAGUUCCAUGCAACAGUUUUAGGCAAAAGUUAGAUGUUUUACAUAAAUUUUCACACAACUAGGUGGGAUGGUGUGCCUCCCAACUUUGGUAAAGAACUGUUUGAAAGUGACUUGGACCGACUCAGUGAUCACAUUGAAGCAGCUAUGGAGAUGAUUCCUGUGCUGAAGACCGCUGAGAUAGCGAGCGUUGUUGCAGGACCUAUUACAUACACCCCGGAUGUAGUGGGCUUGUUAGGACCCUCGCAUGAAGUUUAUAACUAUUGGUUAGCGACUGCUUCUGGAUAUGGUAUCAUUCAUUCUGGUAUGAUUACAAGUUGAAAUAAUGGGCUCGGAUUGUUUCAUUGUCUUUCCCUUGUAGUUCAGACACAAACCACGACAGCUUAUUGUAGAAUACUACCUACACUGGAUCACCACAUUCGAGCUAUCUUUUCCAGGUAGUUCAGACACAAACCACGACAGCUUAUUGUAGAAUACUACCUACACUGGACCACCACAUUUGAGAUAUCGUUUUCAGGUAGUUCAGACACAAACCACGACAGAUUAUUGUAGAAUACACCCACACCGGACAGCCAUCUUUGACUAUAUACAUUUUAUUUUCGUUAAAGCUGGCUUUGCGCGGUAUCUGACACAUUGGAUGAUGCAUGGAGAACCUCUUCAUGAAAUGAGUGAUAACGACCCAGGAAGAUACGGAAAGUGGACGACAAAAGAUUAUGUGCAUGCAAAAUGUCGGGAGACCUAUGGUUUUAAUAAUAUCCUAGUUUUUCCAAAAGAAGAAAGACCGUAUGGCAGAAAGAUGAGAAUUAAUCCAAUAUACGAUGUAAUGUAAAACUGACUCUACUGCAUGGCUGUAUCACUUCUAAUCUGCCCCGGAGCGCGCGUCAAUCGAGCAGCGAACAUCUUCAUCCGGAAUCCCCAGUACCGCCGCCGCGCAGGUUCACAUACGGACCCGUGGCGCUUCAACAGCAGAAUCACAGCUGAAGCAGUCAUCCGUAUUUGAGGCCAAUUUACCAUCAGAAAAUUGCAUAUUGUUAAUCAAACCAGUGACGGAGGUGUAGGGUACAUGUCUCACCAACAGCUUAAGCAUUGCAAGGUUGUCCUGCUACCAUAACCACCACCAUCCUUUAUCACCAUCAUCCUUUAUCACCAUCAUCAUCACCAUCAUCAUCACCAUCAUCAUCAUCAUCAUCACCAUCAUCAUCACCAUCAUCAUCAUCAUCAUCACCAUCAUCAUCACCAUCAUCAUCACCAUCACCAUCAUCAUCACCAUCAUCACCAUCCUCAUCACCCACCAUUACCAUCAUAAUAAUAAUUCCUGUUACUAUUCUUAGAAACUAGUUUCGAAAGGAGCUGAGAUGGGCAUCCAUGCCGGCUGGGAACAACCCAACUGGUUUGCAAAGCCUGGUGAAGGAGGAUACGAACCGAGCUUCCGGCGUACAAACUGGUUUAAACCAGUUGGACGGGAAUGUGAACUGGUUCUAAAUAAAGUCGGUGUUAUUGACCUGACACCAUUUGGAAAAUUUGAAAUCACUGGUUCGCAAGCGACUGAAUUUCUGGAUUACAUGGUCGCCAAUAAGUUACCAAAGGUAGGAGAGAGCGGGCAUGUUGUAUGAUAUAUAAAUUGCCAAAUGGAUUGAUUGUGAAUUCGUAUUGAUAAGAACGUUCGUAUUAAAAUAUCAAUAACAUUUGGUAAGAAAAAAAUGAACUCAAAGUUUAUGUAAAUCAGCAGGGUUUUGUAUCAGAUUUUCAUGCUCCUUCAUGUUUUUCUGAUGAGGAUUACGUUGCUGACUAGUAUUUUUCUGUAUUUUCAAACAAGGUCGGAUCAACAAAUAUAAGUCAUCUGAUCACACCGAGAGGCAGAGUCUACGCUGAGUUAACCAUCACUACGCUUGCUCCAAAUCACUACUUUGUUAUCACAGGCUCGGGAUCAGAGUACCACGAUCUCAGGUAUGUCAACCUUGCUUCCCUCACCUUCUCUGCAAUGUCUACCACCCCACAUCGUCCGAUCUCUUCAUUCCGUAAUAUCUCUGACCAGCUCUCCUUCAUAUCUUAUUACGUGUCCAUUCCAUCUCAACCUUGCUUCUCUCAUUUUCUCUGCAAUAUCUACCACCCAAAUCUUCUUCUGAUCUCUCAAUUCCGUAAUGUCUCUGACCAGCUCUCCUUCAUCUCUUCUUAUUACAUCUCCAUACCAUCUCAACCUUGCUUCUCUCACCUUCUCUGCAAUAUCUACCACCUCACAUCUUCUUCUGAUCUCUCAAUUCUAUAAUGUAUCUGACCAGCUCUCCUUCAUCUCUUCUUAUUACAUCUCCAUACCAUCUCAACCUUGCUUUUCUCACCUUCUCUGCAAUAUCUACCACCCAAAUCUUCUUCUGAUCUCUCAAUUCUAUAAUGUAUCUGACCAGCUCUCCUUCAUCUCUUCUUAUUACGUGUCCAUACCAUCUCAACCUUGCUUCCCUCACCUUCUCUGCAAUGUCUACCACCUCACAUCUGCACUCCAUAAUUUCUCUCUCGGACCAUCUCUCUUUCAUCGUUAUGUGUUCAAACCAUCUCAGCGUUGCCUCCUUGAUUUCUACAUCAUCUUUCACUCCAGUAAUAAAAUCACUUACGACAUGCCCGUGUUUCAGAUGGCUGAACGACCACGCUCGCCAAUACACAGAUGUAACAAUAAGCAACGUCACCGAUGAGAUUGGCACAUUAGGCAUCUCAGGACCUCGCUCCAGGGAGGUUCUUAGUAAACUCACUGACACGGACAUGAGUCAUACGAAGUUCAAAUUUUUAACAGUCAAGGAUAUCGACAUCGCUGGUAUUCCAGUGAAAGCGAUGCGGCUAUCGUAUACAGGUACAGUCUAGAAAGCUGGGGAUUGAUAGGGAUACAACUACCUGAAAAAUACAAGGAGAUCUUCGACGUUUCAAGUGAAGACCUGACAGACUCUUUUCACGCUGACGAAGUGCCUUCGCUCGAAACGUCGAAGUUCUCCUGGUAUUUUUCAGGUAGUAGCAUCCUUAGGGACCGGUCAUUAAAUAUGGCAGGUGGAGAAAGUAGGGGGUCCUGAAUUAUUUUUUCAUUGAGAUGGGGGGGGGUCUUGAAAAUUACAUUAUGUAAAAGAGGGGGGUCUUCAGAUUUUUCCCAACAAAAGGAUGAUUGUUUCUCGUUAUAUACUAUGAACAGCCAAAAGAGAUGCAUAAAAUACCCUUUAAACUGGAACACUGGGUUUAGUAUGUAUAUAGUGUUCGUAUCGGUUUGUAUCAUAUUGAAUACGUAUAUAGUGUUCAGUGGAUGUAGGCGAGACAAGCAAUUAGGCCAUAGAGUAAUCUACCUAAAUAGAUUGUAAAAUAUUUAUUUAACUAGUUUCAUCAAAUUUUAUACCUCUUUUAAUACUCUUCAUUGAUCACUUGCUCUCCUAAGCUUUGUCCUAAUCGGGCCAGCCAUCAAUACAAAACUAUAUUUUCAAGCGGUACAAGUGGGGUGUCUUUAAAAGUAUAAAAUGGGGCUUGAAAAGGCAUAUAAUUUUUGAGGGGGGCCCCAAAAUUUUUUUCAAAAUUUCUAGUUUCUCCUCCAUCCCCCCCUUGCCAUAUUUAAUGACCGGUCCCCUAUCAAUCCAAAGCUUUAUUAUUGCCACUACCCACACUGGCACAGAAGACUGUUCAAUAUUCUAGGUACAGUCUAGCUUUGCAAAUCCAGUUUGUUUAAACUAAACGAACUUCAUUUAUAUCGGUAGCUUUCUACAAGAGGAGACUGGAGAAACCAUAGUGUUUAGUAAAGCACUCUUCCCAUGUGCAACUGAGGUGAAAUUAUAAUCAGACAACUGCAUAUUGUAGGAAUGAAUCCUUGGUCACAGUGGUGAAAGAGACUAUCAGUCUAUCGGGACAAACUUUGUGAUGAUUUUCUGCUGAUGAUUUCCGUCAAUACAGAAUUAAAUAAACUGUUUAAAUACUUACCACAUAAUAUGAACAGAGACUUCCUUUAAGAAACAUUAGGAAAUUUACUUGUUACAAGACCGUUUUAAAAAUUCUUUUAUAAAUAUUACAAAUUGUCGUUAUAAUGAGUUUCAUUGUAAAUAGGUAAAAAAAAUUUUUUUUUAGCUUUAUCUUCUUCUUAUAACUGUAAACCUUAUCAAUUAAGUAUGUGUACUGCAAGUCAAGGUAUUGAAUAAAACCAUCUAUCUCUCAAGACACAUGCACUAACGACUAUAGUACCACUAAUACCCAAGUGGUCUCGAGUUAUAAUAUUCCAUCCAUUAUUCAGGUGAACUUGGUUGGGAGUUGUAUUGUAAAAUGGACAAACUAGAACCACUCUAUGACGCAUUAAUGAAAGCUGGCGAGGAAUUUGGGAUUGGAGACUUUGGAACGUACGCCAUGACGAGCAUGCGAGUCGAGAAAGGAUUCCGAGCUUGGGGGAAUGAGGUGAGUGAUGGUAUUUUAGUGAAGCUGAUACCAGUAAUUACGUAAUUGUCUUAUUGGAGGAUUUCAGUACGUUUUCCAGAGCAUCAGAUGGUGUUCAACUUCAGAAGUGCUGACGCUAAUUUGUGGUUUGUUAUUUUAGAUGAACAUGGAUACGAAUCCGUUCGAAGCUGGUCUAGGAUUUUUCAUUAAGCUGGACAAGGUACCGUAAGAACUACUAAGUCCGCCAAACAGGAGUCGUAUAAAGCUAAUCUCGCUAUCAUUUUAUCAGCCCACAGAUUUCAUUGGCAAGGAGGCGUUGAAGAAGAUUAAAGAGGAAGGCGUGACAAGGAAAUGCGUGAGUUUGACUGUGGACACGACAGAUGUAGACCCAGAAGGAGAUGAAACGGUUUGGCAUGAUGGAAAGGUAAGGAUUAUUUUUCAUCCAUGGCGCUUUUUCUCAGUUUCUGUACAAAACUCUUAACUACUUUUGAAGUACUAGAAGCUGAUGCUGGUUUAUGAGGCUCGAAUUUACCGCUUGCAAUCUCGCAAAAUGCGAGGGUACUUUAUCUUUUGCGACAAAAGCAUUUCAUUUGCAAAGUACCAUGAUUAUCACUUUAGUUACACACGUAAAAAUAUCACAACUUGUCAACAAGAUGUGUUCGCAACAGGCUUGUAGCAAGCUUGUCAACAAGUUGUAACAAUGCUGUUAUUUUAUCAAGUUGCUACAAGGUUGUCAUUCACAAAUUGGUGAAUUGCAGGACGAUAACAGGUUGUUGGAACAACUUUGUAACAAGUUUGUCGAGCCUACUGUUUAGUAUAAAAGCUGAUACAUACAUCACUGCGUAAGAACAAUCAAAUGGCAAAAACUAAAAUACCAAACCAUUUUCUCCUAGGUUGUUGGCGUGACGACCUCGGGUUGUUAUGGCUGGCAAGUGAAGAGAAGUAUUGCGUAUGCCUUACUUCCCGUGGAGCUAUGCGAGAAAGGACAAGAGGUCGAAGUAGAAUUACUGGGCGAGCGAUGUUUGGCGAGAGUAGAGAACGAUCCUAUGGUCGACAUUGAAGUUGUUCGACACAGGAAAAUGUUGAAAGAAAAGAAAAGAACUUCGAAAUGAACACAAACAUAUCAGAACAUGAAACUACAGUAGCUGCUUCUUCGUAGAAAAAUGAAAAUUUUGUCAGUAAUAAUUAGUACCCAAUUUAGCCACAAUAGAAAUGAUGUACAGUAUAUAAACAACCAAUUCAAUAAAAUGAUUAUUUUUAAUUUCAAAAUAAGUGUACAUAUCAUUUUUGUUUCUCGGCAUGAAACACUCACAUUUUGCAGUAUGCUAAACAUUGAGGUAAUUGGUUUUAAAUAAGUCCUCUCUCUUUAUUUUUUAUUAAAUAAUUGUGCAUGGAAUUUAAUUAUAAUUUAAUUUAUUGUAUUAAUAUCUAAUUAUAGUAAAGUGGCUAGUGUGUAAGAAAUUUGUGGCUUCCAGUUUUGUGCGUUGUUCAUGAAUGCUGGGAGAAUAUAAAUUAGAGUAAAUCUUCAGUCGCCUUCACCAUUUGUUUCAUCACAGCAUUUAUCAUCUGCAGUCGUUUGUAUUUCUGUACUGCUCUCUAUCGCCGGACAAUCCUUAAUACCCUCAGUUUCCACCUUAAUCCCCUCUGCCACCUCAUCAUUGUCAUGAUCAAUGUAUCCAUUCCCUUCCUGCACAUUUUCAAUACUUUUCACUUCUAAAUGAACACUAUCAUCCUCUUGUGUAUUCUCAGUUUCUAUCACAUCCGUUUCAAAACAGUCACUAUUUCCACAAGAUAUUCCAUCAUUCGCCAUCCUUUCGCUUUCUUUAUUUGUGCCUUCAUCAUUUACAACACAAUUCUCAGAAAAUUCUGUUUUAUCUAAUCCACAUGAUUCUGUUUUAUCCAUUGUAUUUAUUUUAUCAUGCUUUAUUUCCGAAUUCAAAUCAUCGUUUUCUUUCCCUGCCUCGUUAAGCAACCCAGAAUUUUCAUUUUCAAUUCCUAGACUUUCUAUUCCGUUUUCUGCACUUAAAUCAUCAUUUAUUUCUAUCGUACCUUGAUCAGCUUCCACAUUUUCAUUCUUGCUCUUCUUUUUUCCUUUUUUAUUUAUGCUUCUGUCUUUUGCGUUGUUCACAUAUGUUGGUUCGCUUGCCUCUUCCUGCUCCAGCCGAUCUUCCAGAUUUUGCCGCAGAUUAAAUGUUGCUAUCAAAACAAACAUUACUAGUAACCCAUUGAGCACUAGCUCUCUCCCCUUGACGAGUCAAAUUG